ACAGGGAUUUCCUCUCCAGCCAAUCGCGUCUGAGUUACGGGAUUGCCCGUAACAAUCAUGGAGGGAGAGGCUGCUGUGAGGGCAGGCUGAUUUAACAUCCAAACCCACGGCGGCCAGCAAAGACAGUGUAGCGGCACGGCCCCGAGCAUGGAGGGUGGCAACGCUGGCAGUGGUGGCAGCGACAGCAGCCCCAGCGGUAGUGGCGGGGCGCAGCAAAGGGAGCUGGAGCGCAUGGCUGAGGUCCUGGUCACCGGGGAGCAGCUACGGCUCAGGCUGCAUGAAGAAAAGGUUAUUAAAGAUAGGCGACAUCAUCUCAAAACCUACCCAAACUGUUUUGUCGCAAAAGAACUGAUCGACUGGCUGAUUGAGCACAAAGAGGCGUCUGACAGAGAGACGGCAAUUAAACUCAUGCAGAAGUUAGCGGACCGGGGCAUCAUUCAUCAUGUGUGUGAUGAGCACAAGGAAUUCAAGGACGUCAAACUCUUCUACCGCUUUAGAAAGGAUGACGGCACCUUCCCAUUGGACAAUGAGGUGAAAGCCUUCAUGAGAGGCCAGAGGCUAUAUGAGAAGCUGAUGAGCCCUGAAAACACACUCUUGCAGCCCCGGGAAGAGGAGGGGGUCAAGUAUGAGCGCACCUUCAUGGCGUCUGAGUUCCUGGAUUGGCUGGUUCAGGAAGGUGAGGCCACCACAAGGAAAGAGGCCGAGCAGCUUUGCCACCGGCUGAUGGAGUAUGGCAUCAUACAGCAUGUGUCCAACAAACACCCAUUUGUGGACAGCAACCUUCUCUACCAGUUCAGAAUGAACUUCCGGCGGAGGCGAAGGCUGAUGGAGCUGCUCAAUGAGAAAUCCCCCUGCCAGGAAACGCAUGACAGUCCCUUCUGCCUAAGAAAGCAGGGCCAUGACAAUCGGAAAUCUACCAGUUUUAUGUCAGUCAGCCCCAGCAAGGAGAUCAAGAUUGUGUCUGCGGUCAGAAGGAGCAGUAUGAGCAGCUGCGGCAGCAGUGGCUAUUUCAGCAGCAGCCCCACUCUCAGCAGCAGCCCCCCUGUGCUCUGCAACCCCAAGUCCGUGUUAAAGAGGCCUGUGACUUCCGAGGAACUCCUCACUCCCGGGGCUCCGUAUGCCAGGAAGACAUUCACGAUUGUCGGUGACGCUGUUGGCUGGGGCUUUGUGGUAAGAGGAAGCAAGCCAUGCCACAUCCAAGCCGUGGACCCCAGUGGUCCUGCAGCCGCAGCAGGAAUGAAGGUCUGUCAGUUUGUCGUCUCUGUAAAUGGGCUCAACGUGUUGCAUGUAGACUAUCGAACUGUAAGCAAUCUGAUUCUGACGGGCCCACGGACGAUUGUCAUGGAAGUCAUGGAGGAGUUAGAGUGCUGAGCAGGUGGGCCGCCCUUUGAGUGACCUGAGGAUGAGCAAAGCCAAAACAACACAAAGCAAUGCAACGACAAGACUUCCGUCCAAAUCUUUUCUUCGUACAUGCACAUCUUAAUUCGAGUUUCAUACGCUGUUGGAAUAUAGAAGAACCGGAUAAAACAUCUUAAAAACAACAACUUAUGUCAGUGUAGAAAAAAAAAAUGGGAGAAGCAGAAUUUUCUUACUUGGUAGAAUUGCCUUACUUGAUUUCUAAGUGUAGUUCUCAUCCACUGGUUUUUGUUUGUUUGUUUGUUUGUUUGUUUCUUUGUUUGUUUUUUAUCUUAGUUGGCAGAAAGUUGUUAAAAUGCUUCUCUAGCCAAAACAGCAACAUUGAUAAAAUCCCCUUCGUCAGAGUCAAUAAAGUAGUUUUUAGACUUUAGAUUGUACUCUCACCAAAAUGAGCUUGGAGCUGUUUAUUAGGCGAUGUUGGUUUCACUGAGCUUCAAAGGCAUCAUUCAUAGAACUAGUACCUGUUCAUUAGCAUUUUGAAGAAGGUUCUAAAGCAUUCAAGUACCCGAAAACAAUAAAAAAGUCGCAUUUUCUUAAUUCUUACCCUUAGUAUCAACUUCUAACUGAUGUUUCAAUGAUAGCAUUAGUUAAAAAACAAAAACUUUGGGAUGAUAUGGAUAGGUAAUUACGGAGAUACUACUUAAAAUUGUUUGCUUUGUUUUCUCUUUCUGAGCCUAAAUUCAUUUUGUGCUGUCAGUCAGCGACCAUAGUUUUCUAGAAUUAAUGCUGAAUGUGUUGAAUGUGAAAACAGAGAAGUAGAGAAUUCAAAUAGAGAAUUCAAAAUCCAGCCUCUGGCAAGAUUUCACUUUGAAGUCAUCGCUUUUUAAGUGAAGUGUUCUAGAACUUGACCCACCUUUGAGAAAACUUGAAACUGAAUUGCCUUAUUGGCCUGAAUUUUUGCUAACUUCCUAGUGUAACAUUUUCUAAGGAUAUGACAUGCUGCUUAUUUGGUGGGAUUACUUUUCACCAAUAGCACCGGCUUGUGGUGGUGUAACUUUUCAGCUCAGUUGUUUAUAUGCAUGUGUCUUUUUUUUUUUGGUCUAGAAGAGAAUGCAUUUGGGGGCUUGGUGUAUAGAGGAAACUCCUUAAAGUGCCAAAUUACGGAGUCAGGGAAUGCUAAAUUCUUCUUAAUUUCAUAUAAUGCAUUCUGAGCGACAAGGUUACUUUCUUAUUAUGUAUUAACAAAAUAAGAUAGGAAUGUUGUACCUCAGCCAUUUUUUUGUGAUAGGUUAUCAUAAUGUUUUGGUACUGGUGGAAUUGACAUACUGUGCUAAAUGUAUAUUUCUGGUAAUCCAACUUUUCUGAUCUGUAGCUUUAGUCAGAGAAUAGGAUUUUGAAGUAAUAUAGAAUGUCUAAGAGUAAUACUGUCAAUCUACAUUUGAGAAAUGUUACUGUCUCCAUACAUAUUAUUGUAUGUGCAUUUAUACUGUAUACCAGUCUCUGUGCUGCAGUACUUAGCAUACAUGAUCUCUUUUAAUCUUCAUCACAACCCUGCAAGGUUGGUAUUAUCAUCCUCACCUUCUGGCUGUGAAAACUAAGUCUGCGCAAGUUUAAUAAUGAUCUCUAAGUUCACACAGCUGCAAGAACUACUAAGUGAUAUAGUCUGGAUUCAAACAUGGGUUUAUUUAAUAAUACUAAAGCCCAUGUUACCCACCUGCCCUGAAGCCUGUCCGCCUUGAGAGACCUUCUGUGGAGGGCUUGCUCUGUAUCAGGUGCUGUGCUAAAAUUAUACACUGCUUAUUCUUAUUGACCUACAUGGUCAAUAUCAUUAUCACCCUUUUACAGCUUAGGAAACUGAUUCAUAAAGACGUUAGUCUUACGCCCAAAGCCACACAGCUAGUAAGUGGGAGUCCUUACCAUUGGACUGUAAAAAAGUUUUAUAACAUCUUUAAAAGAUGAGUCUUAAAUGCCUUCUGUCCCCAGGUAUCCAUUAAUAAACAAAAGAAGAAGGACCACCUUCCAGGAACUGACAUCUUCUUGCCUGCUGCUUGUACGAGUACAUUUUACUCACAUCCUAUGCCCAACGUCUUAGACCUUGGCAUAACAUCACGCCCCUUUCGCCAAUUUAAGCGCCAGAGCAGUGUCUGGCUUUAUUUACUCCACACAUCCUCUUACCCGUGAAUUUUCUUUGAUUCAGAGAGCGUCAUGGAUGGCUUUGGUCAACAGAAUACCAAGGGGACUCCCAUCACCCUCAGUUUAAAGGCCAAAUGCUAGAGAAUUCUACUGAAGGUCAAGAGAGCUUCACCUUAGCUACACCUCCAUCUCACCCUUGCCGUCCUCACACUGUAAUUAAAGUGAAUGCUUUAAUUAUUCCCUAGGGGUCCCAUCUAGCUCCCUCCAGCCUUUGCGCAAGCAGUUUCUCCUCCCUGGAAUAUCCUUCCUUCUUCUUUGCCUGGAAACAUCUAUCUCAUUAACUGCCCUUAGAUAUUAUCUCUUCUGAGACACCUUUGUCAGCUCCCUAGUUCUGGGAUUGACGCCUCUUCUCUAGAUUCCUAUGGACACUUAUGUACCUCCUAUAAUUAUAACACUGAUGAUAUUUACCUGUCCCAUUACAUGUCUUUCUGCCUAGCUAUACUCUAAUCAUCUGCAGAAGAGGGACCCUGUCUUGUUGCCCAGGUAGUCCCUUUACCUAGCACAGUUCCUGAUACAGAGUUGUGUGUCAGCUAUCCAUGGCUAUCCAGCGAACAACCCACAAAUGUGGCUUAUAACAAAGUUUCUUUACUCAUGAUCCCAUGGGUUGGCUCUGCUGGGAUGGCUAGCCACUGCUCCAUAUUUGUGGUGGAGUUCGCACAAACAUUUGUGGUCAGUGUGUAGGUUGAUUGGGGGCUGACAGAUCUUGGAUGGCUCCAUGCAUACAUCUUGUAGUUGGCUGGGGCUGUUGGCUGGGGUGCCUCAGUUACACUCCAUGUAGCCUUUCCCCAUAGCUAGCCUGGGCUUCCUCAUUAGGCCUCAUGAGAUCAAAGAGGGCGAGAAUGGAAACUACAUGACCUUUUGUGGACUUGCUUGGAAGCCACACAGUGUCACUUGCAUAGCAUUUUGGUGGCCAAAGCAAGUCACAAAACUAGCCCAGAAUCAAGAGGUAGGGAAACAGCCUUUACCUUUUGAUUGGAAAAGCUGCAAAGAAUUCAUGGCCGUUUUUAAUCCAUCAAGAGUAGAUACUGGCUAUUUUUUAAAUACAGGACACAGAAGUCACCUAGUCAUUGAAAGGCUUCAGCUAUCCAGAUGCAAAUUACUGACCAACUGCUAGGUAGAAAUGUAAUGUUGUGAAUAAAGCCCAGUGCCUAAGGGAAACUUCAAAAUCAGAAAAUGCGAAAAGCUAGAUAGCAAGUACUACAUGGAGACACGGAGAGCACAGUUUAUUCUUUGCAUCCUGCUGAUGAGGAAAUAGGUGUGGAAUCACCAGGUGACAUGUCCCAACUUAUGAAGCUUGUUAGGUCCAGAGCCUGGGCCAAACACCAGUCUCCUGUCCCCCAAUCCUAUAUCCUUUACAGUAUAGACUUCUGCAGUGCAGGGUAAGUUGGUAAAAACAGGCCUUUGGCCUGGGGGUACUUUUAAAUGCAAAUGGUACCAUGUACCUGUGAAGGUGAAGGGUAUAUGUUUUAAGUGACUCAGGACUUGGGUUGUUAGAUCAUUAAAAAAUAAGUAUUUUAUGUGAUAUUUUGGCAGUUGAACUGCUUUCACAUUUAGAAAACCCAUCCCUAAGUGUAAACCAAGAAUUAUUCUAAAUUAGCAGUAAGCAGUAUUUCUAAGAGCUUUUAUUUCAUAUGUGUGUCUGUAUGUGGCAGUGUAUUACAUGUGAGGUUUCACUCAUUGAGAAUCCCUGAAAUGACUUUCUUUCUUCCCAGAGAAAGCACUUUUUAAAAUUUUUUCGGUGUUGUGUAAUGUUAUAUUUAGGUUUUUGUGAGGGAGGCGGAAAUAGUGUUUUUGUUUCUUCAUGAGCACAGUAUAUGCUAUCAGUGCAAAUUUGAAAGCCAUGUUUGUUAAUUUUGCUGUAGAGAGAAAAAUGCAAUUGCCAUUUGGGUUGAUCCUAUUGUGUGAUGUUUUAUUAUUAAACUCUGUUAAAUAAUUGUGUAAACCAAUAAGGGGACUAGUUAAGAAAUGAUGGGUAACAUGAAGACAAUUUCCAUGUCUGAGUAGAUUAGAUGUGAUCAAUUUCACACUCACUACCUUAUAAAAGGUGAAUGCGUUGGAGUGGUAGCAAUUAAUAAUUUAAAAAUCAUUGCUUUCAGUUCCAAAUGGAGUCUCGCAUUUUCAUAUACUCAUUCCUUUCAGAUAUGCUGUGAAAAUAAUAAUCUACUUUCAAGAACUAUCUUAAACUAAUGACAUUAACUAUCCUCUCAUAUUGAGUAUUAACCCUGUUUCAUUUUGAUUAUAAAUGAUCAAAAUAACUCUUUUCAGUUUUGCUAAUUGGUUAGAGUCUACUGGUAUCAUUGAACAUGGUGUUAUUCAUUUAAGGCAGAAUUUCAGGUAUGCUUUUCCUCAGUUUAAUACCAAAAGGGCAAAUCUGCAGUGUACCAAAAUGAAGAUCAUCAUCAAAGUUAACACAUGGUAUUAUCAAAUGCACUAAUAUAUGUACUUAAUAUAUAUGUUUAUUUUAAAAUUACAUUGAAAUUUAUGUGCCCCCUUUCUUCAAAAUUAUAGCAUAAUGCUAAAAUUAUGAGAUGAAAAUAGAUAGAUUAGCAUGAAAUAAAUGUUAAUUUUUUUUAAAUGACUUUAAGGUUUCAGCUUUUCCUGUCUUUUAGAACAAAUUAGCUAUUUUUUAUCCAAAGAAAGGGUUGCAUUAUAAAGCUGAUCUACUACUAACCUAUCAGAGAAAACACACGGGAUUCAUCUCUAAUUCUCUAGUGUAGCCAAAAGUGCCAUUUGUAAAACUACUUGAUGAUGGAUGUUUUCUGAAGCUCUUUUGCCUGGAAAAAAAAAAAGUGCAUUAAAAAGCUUUUCCUGUACUGUA